GGAUGCUCCGGCGUCGAUGUGCCCUACGAGCGAGUACGCCCAGUGCUAUAUUGAAGCACUUGCCAGGCAUUGACGUGGAUAGUACGAACCCUCAGACAGUGGUGAUGCUCGACGGAGUACAGUACCCCGGCAACAUAGCACGGAUUAUACGGUACAGCCACGCCUUUGGAGUGUCAGCGUUGGCCUUGGAGAAGGAUACUAUCACUGAGGAAGCUCUCGAGCGUGCAUUGGAGUACUCCCACUACAGUACACUCGGCGGCCCUCCGAUAUGCAAUGGUCUUGACUCUCUACAACUUAUCGAGGCUUUACAGCAGAACUACGGCUUUUCCGUGUUUGCGCUGGAAAACAAAGAGGAAGCAUCUGCCCGGGGUGUACAUAUGAUCACUGCGGCUCUCUGGCUCGAUACGAUGCGCCGAUCGUUCAGUUGCCAUGGGUUGAUCUGUCGAAACCGUCCGCGAGUUCAAGCUUACUAGAGACCCCACGCAUACUGCUUGUAGCGGGAGGAGAAGCCGAGGGUGUAUCGAACGACAUACUCCAAAAGGCUCAAGCUGUUCUCAGUAUACCCACAGCGGAGGGAACACAUCACAGCUUCAAUGUGAGCUACGCCCUAGCUAUUGUCCUGUCCGAACGCUUCAAGUGCAUCACCGCCGACCUUGAACGACAUGACAAUAUCGUAUGAAUUGACCGAAGCCAAAUGUAGCCAAUUAAGUUGUACAGCCGAUCGUGUUUCUG